AUGUGCAAAUCAACAUGGUUCCAAAUUUCAUGCUCAUGGAAUUUUGGCCCACAUUAUGGCAGCUCAUUGCUAACGCUGGCCAGAAUUGCGAAUUCCGAAAUAUUAAAAAUCAUGAGGUUUUUAAUAGGUUGGAUUGAACUAAACCAACUUUCAUUAGACUUGUUCCAG